UGGUGCAUCAGCAGCAGCAGCAGCAGCAGCAACAGCAGAACCAGAAGUAGAAUUAGAAGUAGCAACAGUAACAGCAACAGCAAUAGCAGCAGCAGCAGCAGUAGCAACAACAACAGUAAUAGCAGCAUCAGCAACAGUAACAGCAGCAGCGAUAUUGGGCUAAGAAAAAACAGUACGAGGAAGAGUCUCUCGAUGCAGAAAACGAUCGAGAACUGUGACGGGUCGGCGACGACGAUGAUGAUGACGACGACGAUAACAACGACCACGACGACGACGACGACGACGACGACGACCGAAUAAGAGCAACUAACCUAGAUCUUUUUUUUUCUUUUUUUUUUCUCUCUCUCUUCAUCGUUUUGUCUUCUUUUUUUUUUUUCUUUCUCCAAUUCUCCGGCUUAUUUGGGGGCAAAAGAAAGAAAGAAAGAAAGAAAAAUACGAAAUUAUAUCAACAUUUCGAAGCUCGAUAAUAGAACAAAUUACGAAGUUUCAUCAUGAAUGCCAGAACACAACUAUUUGAGUUAAGUAUGGAGGGUCGGCAGGUCGACGAAGCUGUAGCCAGUAUAUUUCACAGCGUUCUAUUUCAUAGAAGCCUUGGAAAAUUUAAGUACAAACAAGAAGGCAGCUAUUCCGUUGGUACCGUCGGAUAUCAAGAUGUCGACUGUGAUUUCAUUGAUUUCACAUACGUAUGCUGUUCCUCUGUACAUCUUGAUCAAACCUUGAAAAGAGAAAUAUCGGGCUUUUCUGAAGCUUUACGUUCUACGGAUAGUCCUGGUUCUGGUCAAAUAUCGUUAGAAUUUUUUCAGAAAAAAAAGAAUCGCUGGCCGUUUCAGGCAGAGUGUAUACCAUGGGAAGUAUGGACAGUGAGGCUCGAGCUUAUAAAAUUAGCAACUGAGCAUGAACGUCAAAUAUGUAGGGAGAAGGUUGGUGAUCUGUUGACAGAUAAAAUUCUCUAUAUAACUGAAGUCAUGAAUAGGCAUGACUAUUUACCAAAAAUGCCAAAUCAGGCUGAAUUAGAUUUGAUUUUUGAUACUUCUUAUCCGGACAUUCAGCCUUAUCUCUUUAAAUUGUCUUUCACAACUUCUAGCCCAUCGAGUUCAACAAUGGGUAAUACAAUGAAAAAGUUGAUUAAGGAGACAUUGUCCAUUUAGUCGUAACAUAAAUUUUGAUCCUCAUAGAUUAGAUUAAAUUAAUCUUUGAAGAAAAGAUUAAUGUAUAAAAUAUAUAAAUUUGUGCAGUUUCUUUUACAGUGAUCACAUAUGUAUUUUACAGUGAUCUGCUACUGUACCUUAUACAAUUUUGCUUCUUUGUUAGAUCUUUUUACUUUGCAAUAAUAGAAACUUUGAUUGAUUGUUUAAAUGUAGUACAUUUAUUACAUUGAAAUAACAUUCGUUAUAAUUCGAAUAAACUUUUCACCAAAGCAGAGAAUUUACCAGUCCUGGGAAGCAAUUCUUCAUUUAUUGUCAAAACAUAGUAAUAUGACUGGUGAGAAAAAUAUUCUAUAAAAGGCAUGUCUAAUGUCCAUGCUCUAUAGUUCGUACGUGAGUCUGUAAAGAUAGUUCUGUGUCAGCAAUAUCAUAAUGUAUUUUAUAAUAUAGUAAAUACAUUACUGCGUACAUUGCAGCUAUCAAACUGCUAACGUACCUCUUCAACUUUAUAGUACAAAUAAAUGUAAAGUUCGUUUUGUUUUGUACAUCAUAUAUACGUCCAUUGCGCGAUUCAACACAAUUGUUGAUUAUACUUUUAAUAUGAAUCUUCCAUUGCAUUGGUUAACUUCUGCAAAUGUAUGUGGUAAAUACAUUUUGCAGUUAAAAAAAAAAAAAGAAAAAUUGUAUUGUUUGCGCAAUGAUCUGGCUGUUCGAUCAUAAAAAAAAAGAAAAGAAAAAAAAAAAGUGAAAUCAGUUUUAAUCUUUCCAAAACUUAAGUACUUUACUCUGCUGAUUUUGUCAGCAGGAAUUAAAAUAGUUAAGAUCGAUUAUCGAUGUAUUGUACAUUUUAGGAUGUCUUAAAGAGACAUGUGAUACGUAAAUUUUUAACAUUUAUUAGAAAUGUGGUGCAUGACAUAUUUUUUAGUUUUGCAGAUUCAAAAAACUUUCUAUAAAAAGGAGUCACAAAUCAAAAAGUGCAAAUGUUUUUUGAGUUAACGUGCAAUCUAAAUAUGCUUAUUACAGGAUUGAAAAUGAUUAGGAUCAAAGUAUAAUCGUCUAAUUAGAUAUUGUAAAUCGAAAUGAAACUUUGCGGGGUAUGUCUGACUUUCUAUUAACAGUUACCAAUUAGUUUUCUUGUAUUAAUGCUGCAAUGUUUAGCGGUUAAAAAAUAUUAUCCGAUUUAAAAUACGUUCUUUGUGAUAUGACUAAUAUUGAUUUAUGAUUACUUUAUAAGAUAUAUAGGGAAAAAAAAAAAAAGAAAAAAGAAAAAAAAAAGAAAAAAGAAAGAAACAGAAAAAGGAAAAGAAAAAUUGACGACCAUUUGAAAUUCAAUCAUCGCUCAAAACUUUGCCUCUCAUGUUUAGAAAAUAAGUUCAAACAAUGUGUUUCAUAAUUUAUAUGAAAAUUGCAGAAGAAUCAAGUAAUACUCACAUGCAGCUAUCAUGAAAAAAAGAAAAA